GAUAAAAUGUUAUCACCAACAGAAGAAGGUGCAUCAGUGACAUUCAUUUUUGCCAUAAUUGUAGCUGUAGCCACUGGGGUGAUUGUGUUUUGUUUCAUGAAACACAUUUAUGAAAAGAUAGUACUUAUAAAAGGAGACCCAAAAGAUGAAUGUAUAGAAGCCAUGGAAGACCAGUGUUCAAUAAAUAUACCAGACUUUGACAGCAAACUGUUUGGAACAGAAAUGAUUGAAUAUAUGACAAACAUUCCACCAUUAUCUUUCAUUGGUAUCAUUUUACCUUUGAACUCAGGUUUAAAUAAUGAAAAUCCUUUCGGGGAAAACUGAAGAGUUUAUACGAAAAGUAAAAAAAUACAAUUAAA